GUCAUUCAGCUUCGGUCGCAGGUCGCGCGCAGUUGCACGAGGCUCCGCAUAGAGCUGCACGCGCGGAUGUGGAGUAAACACCGCGGACUCUGCUGAACCGGGGAUCAUUCGCGUUGAGUUUGUACCGCACCAGCAGCACUUCCACACAGAGGAUAUAUCUCACCGGAGCCGCACACUGACACCGGAUGAUGAGCUGAACUGAGCUACGGGUCCUGCUUCCAAAAAAACAAACAAACCCAAAACAAACCCAGAGUGCACUUAAAGACUCGUUCGACCCUUUGCUCCAGGGAACUCCAUCGGGUUAAUGAGUGAUCAGAGAAAGUAACAGGAAACUGCGGCUUGCAAAUUAAUCUUGUCUUGGUUUUGCUUCAGGCUGCAAUGUUUGUACAGUGACCUUGCUAUGGAUUUUAGCAACGAGGUCGAUCUUACCAACAACAACAACAACAGCAGCAGCAGCAGCAACAACAUCAUCGCUCCUCUGUGGAAGAAGCGUGCCACGGACCAGGUCUCGAACGGCAACCUGAAGCCCAAACCAAGACCUUUGAGUUAUCAGAUUGACGGUGUCCUUAUGACCGAUUUCCCCGUGGAGGACAAGUGCUCUUUCACCCUCUCGCAGCCUGCAGAGACAAUCUCUACUCCACAAGGAACCAUGGUGAUCAAACAUGUUUUGAACAAACCUGCCCAUAAGACUCGUGUUGUUAGGAGCAUUAGUAUCGGGCAUCUAUCCAGUGGACGCUUUUCUCUGGCUAGAUUCAGAUCAGAGAAUAACAAUGACUCUGUGGACAGUAACCAGGUGCCUAAAACCACCCUAUCUACAAAUACUGCAAAUGGCUUGAGCAAAAAGGAGACCAAAAGAGCUCACGAUCCUCUGAAACGCCUGUCCAUGCCAUUUACCCUCACCUCCCAGAGGGACCAGAUUGUUUUUGGGGACUCGUCCCCAAUAUCAGAUAGGCGAACCCCACAGCAAUCUAGCUCUCCCUCUCAGAAUUCCCCUCAGCAGCUCUCUUCUCCAGUUGCUCUUCAAACUUCAUCUCAAAGCUUGAGGUCCAGCACUCCCUCCAUCUCUUCUUGCUCUUCUUCCUCCUCCUCCAUUCCCAGCACACCAUCCGAGCCCUUUACCCCUCAGUCUCUGUCUCCAGCUGAAGGCAGCACAGUAACUCCAGUUUCACGCCAAUCCUCAAACUCCUCCCAAGGGUCAGAAGUCAAGUCACCCCUACCCAGCAUGGUCCUCAGUACGCACAGCCCCGCCGCGUUAAAGACGGGCACCAAGCAGCUCAUUCCUCACAACCUGGCAUCGGAAAAUCGACCAGGCAAAAGCGACCAAUCUGGGGGGCUGAUGGACCCUUCCAAACGUUCCCUCCGUGCCCGCAGCAUGGUGGAGAGUGGCUCCUACUUCUCCAGCAGUAAGGACGUUGAAGUGCCGGAUGGUGAGGAUGCACCAGGGCUGUUCAGGAGAGGCCUGAGGUCCACGUCGUACCGCCGGGCUGUGGUCAGUGGUGUAGAGCUGGACAUUCCUUCUAACCUCCUAAAAGGAGUCACAGACAUGAUCGAUGGAUCCAGGAGUCUACGACCCACCAAAAGCAAGAAUGGAGAGAAGAAGAAGAAAAAGAAGAAGAUGCUACAGACCCAGAGGACCUUUGACAGUGAAGAAGACGAGGUUCUGUAUCAGAACUACCAGGAGAAGGCACUGCACAAUGACUCGGAUGAGGAUGCUGAGCGUAGAGAGCCCAAAGCGGACGAGCGCAUCGUGGUGCAGUACAAACCCAUCCGGACGUCCUGGACUCAGCUCAGUGUGGUUAGGAAAAGUGGAGCGUGUGACCGGCUGAGCCAAGAGGAACGCAAGAGACAAGAGGCCAUAUUCGAGGUGAUCUCGUCCGAGCACAGCUACCUGCACAGUCUCAUGAUCCUCGCCCGCCUGUUCAAGGACUCGCCAGAGCUCAGCGACACCAUGACCAAGACGGACCACCACCACCUCUUCUCCAACAUCGUGGAUGUGUGUGAGGCCAGUAAAAAGUUUUUUAAGGAACUGGAGGACAGACACCAGCAGAACAUCGUGAUCGAUGACAUCAGCGAUAUUGUGAUCAGGCACGCCCAGGCAAACUUCGAACCUUACGUGACAUACUGCUCCAAUGAAGUGUACCAGCAGAGAACAUUCCAGAGAUUAGCAAACAAGAGCCCGACCUUUAAGGAGGUUCUGUCCAGGAUCGAAGCGCACCCGGAUUGCCGAAACCUUCCCAUGAUCUCGUUCCUGAUUCUGCCCAUGCAGAGAGUCACCAGGCUUCCUUUGCUCAUGGAUACUAUUUGUCAGAAAACACCUAAAGACUCUCCUCAGUACGAAGCGUGCAAGAAAGCUCUUCAGUCGGUCAGCAAGCUUGUACGGAAGUGUAAUGAAGGUGCUCGUACGAUGGAAAGGACUGAGAUGAUGUACACCAUCAACUCUCAGCUGGAGUUUAAGAUUAAGCCGUUCCCGUUGGUGUCUUCCUCCCGCUGGAUGGUGAAGCGUGGUGAGCUCACGGCCUACGUGGAAGAGAGCGGGAUCUUCUCCAGGAAGACGACACGACAUCAGGUCUACUUCUUCCUCUUCAACGACGUCCUCAUCGUCACCCGCAAGAAGAGUGAAGAGAGUUAUGCGGUGAUAGACUACGCUCUGAGGGAUCAGAUCUGGGUGGGGCCGUGCCAGCCGGAGGACCUGAACCUCUCGCCGACGCGCACCACCGCGGGCAUGCUGACAUCACGGCAGGUCGGAGCCAAUCACCUGUUCCGCCUGAAAUUCCGCAGCAACCACUCAGGAGACAAAGUGCCUAUGAUCCUGGGGGCGGAGCUUCUUAAUGAGCGUGCACGCUGGAUCAGCGCACUGGGACACACCAACAAUGAGAAGAGGAACGCGGACAGAACAAAUUCCACGCAGGUGGAGGUGGUCCGUACGUACACGGCUCGGCAGCCUGAUGAACUCUCGCUGCAGGUGGCAGACGUCGUAAUCGUCUCACAGACAGUGGAUGAUGGUUGGUACGAGGGCGAACGAUUGCGGGACGGAGAGAGAGGCUGGUUCCUCGCCGAGUGCGCUCAGCCAAUCACGUGCCAGGCCACCAUCGAGAAGAACAUGCAGAGGAUGGACCGCCUCCAGGGCCUGGAGACCAACGUGUGAGCGGGAUUCUCUGCAGUUCCUCCCUAAACACACACACACACUUCGAGAGAGAACGCUGGCCUGAGGAGCAGUACGAGAUGAUGUUAUCGAUGACCGGGACUCUUCCUACGAGCGAGUAGAAACUUCUAAUAACAUCUCGACAGGACCGGAGACUGGUUCUUGGAAGAACAUGUGGAGGAACGUUUAAGGGUUCUUUAAGCGCAGUCUAGCACAGGGGCGUCAAACAUACAGCCCGAGAUCUGUCCUGAUCGCGCUUCUGAUCUGCUGCACUGAAUCGAUGUAGUCGAAAUGUAGAAAGGAAAAAAAAAAAAAAAAGUUCACGUUUUAUUCCACUAGGGGGCAAAAGAGAGCAACAAACUCUGACAAAACGUCCUAAUGAUUCUUUAUUCACAAGCUAAACUAAUUUUGGGGCAAUGAAAUACUUCUUCUUAUUAUUAUUUUCUUUAUUAUUUGUAAAUAGUUUAGCAAACCAUAUUUAUUUUCACUCCACUUCAAUAUGGCGUCUAAUCCUAAUGAAGUCUAAAUCAGUUCCGCGUUGCAACAAUACAAAAUGUGGAAAAGUUCAAUGGGGGUGAAUACUUAUGCACGGCACUGACAUUCAGAAGGAACGGUUGUUGGGUGGUCACUUUUUUUUUUUUUUUUUUUUUUAAUCUGUCCCCCUUCCCUGAAAUGAGUUUGACGCCUCUGAGCUAGCACACGAUCUCAGAGCAGCUAAAGGUCCAAGAACUGUAGAGCGAGCAGAAGAUUCCAGAUGUUCCUCACCCAGAAACCCUGCACUCAUGACUCAAACAUCAUGCUCGGUGCUUCUGCAGGACAAACGACAACUUUACCUUCACCGAUCUGUGUGUGUGUGUGUGUGAGAUUUUUUUUAUAUAAAGCAAGUUGUAAAUAAAUAAAGAGAAAAAUUAAGGGCUCAGGGAAGAUUAGUCUUUUUAAAAUAUAAAUAUAUAUAAAAUACACUCGACAUAUGAAAGGCUCGAGCGGUGUACUUAACCAACGGCAAUUUGCAUAAAUCGUGUAGAAAUCGCUUACAUAACGGCUUUUAUCUUCCUAAGGAUCAAACGCUGCACUUCAGCUCUGUCUUUAUAAAACUGGGAAAUAUGCACACUUUCAUGUGUGUGUUGUUUUGUUGUUUUUUUUAAAAAAAAGGUGACGCUGGAUCAGAUGAAUUUGUCACAAGAUACGGGGGGGACCCAUUAAUACGAAUGUAAAAUGAAGGAAUGCUUACGGUCUGAAACGAGACGCUCGUCCUUGCCGGGUCGAGCCGGGGCUCAGAGAGAGGACAGGCGUGUGUGGUAUGAAUGAUGUAAAUGUAAAUACUGUAACGAGUCUACACAACGUAUAUCCCAUAAAGCUUUGUGUUUGUUUCA